AUGUUGCAAAGAGUUGAGGAGGCCAAGGAACGAGGAGAUAUCGAUGCAUCGUCCAUUGGAACUAGGAAUAUGUUGCCGCCUUCUUUUACUGGGGGAAGAAGAUAUAUGUUUAAUAAUUGUCAGGAUGCUAUGUCUAUUUGCAAACAAUAUAAAUACCCUGAUCUAUUUAUUACUGUAACUUGCAAUCCAACUUGGUUGGAGUUUCAAAAAUACACUGAACAGACUCAUAUUCCUAUAUCUGAUCGACCCAAUCUUUCAUGCAGAUUGUUUGAAUUGAAAAUUCAUUCUUUGAUGACUGAUUUAAAGGAAGGUGUCUUAUUUGGACAUGUGAAUGUAGGAAUGUAUACAAUUGAAUUUCAUAAAAGAGACUUGCCACAUGCAUAUAUAUUGGUUUGGCUUCAAAAUGUACGUAGUAUGCAAACAAUUGAAAUCAUGGAUAGGGUUAUAUCAGCUGAGUUACCAGACCCAACGAGAUUUCCAAAGUUGUAUAGUGUUGUUACCAAAUAUAUGAUUCAUGGUCCUUGUGGUAAAUUAAGACCUUCUUCUCCAUGCAUGAGAAAUGGCGGUUGUUCUAAAUUUUUUCCUAAAAAAUUUGUUGACUCGACAAGUUUUGAUAAUGAUGGUUAUCCAAUAUAUAGAAGGCGUAAUAUGGGGAUUACAUACAUAAUAAAUGGUGUAGUUGUGGAUAAUCAGUUUGUUGUUCCUUAUAAUCCAAUGCUCCUAAUGAAAUAUCGAGCUCAUAUCAAUUUGGAGUUUUGUAACAAGUCAAAUGAACAUGGUGUUCAAAAUGUUGAUGAGAUUAAGCAAUUCUACGAUUGUCGAUAUCUAGCACCUUGUGAAUCUGCUUGGAGAUUACAUGCAUUUGAUAUUCUUCACAAGUGGCCAUAUGUUCAACAGUUGAUAUUCCAUUUGCCUGGAAGCCAGAAUUUGAUAUUUACUGAUGAUGAUAAGAUUCCAAAAAUUGUUGAGAAGAACAAGUAUAAGGAUACAAUAUUUAUUGCUUGGAUGCGAGCUGAUGUUAAGUUCCCGCAUGGAAUGGGUUCCAAGAGGGGUUGUAAAAGUUUUGAAAGCAUUCGUACUGCUGAUGGUGUUUUAUAUGAUUCUUUCAAGGCUGCUUACAAUGCUCUUGGUUUAUUGAGUGAUGAUCAAAAGUUCAUUAAUACUAUUAAGAAAAUUGUAGAACUGUCUUCUGGUUUUCAACUUCGUUCUUAUGCGGUUCAAAAAGAGGAUGAAAUUAUUGUUGAUAUUCCAAGUGAUUUACUUAUUCCUCCGACUGACAAUCCAAUUCAGGAUACUGUUUCAACUAUAUAUUCACAUAUUGAUGAUAACCAUGGGAUACCAAAUCAUGUUCUUAAAUUGAAAAAAUGUGCUCCUAUUAUUUUGCUAAGGAACAUAGAUCAGGCAAAUGGAUUGUGUAAUGGAACUCGACUCAUUGUUCAAGAUCUUGGAGAUAAUAUUAUUGGUGCUGCAAUUGUGUCUGGAAGUAACAUUGGUGUCAAAGCUUUUAUUCCUCGGAUGAAUUUAGUACCGAGUGAUUCUGGUUCUUAUGCGGUUCAAAAAGAGGAUGAAAUUAUUGUUGAUAUUCCAAGUAAUUUACUUAUUCCUCCGACUGACAAUCCUAUUCAGGAUAUUAUUUCAACUAUAUAUUCACAUAUUGAUGAUAACCAUGAGAUACCAAAUCAUGUUCUUAAAUUGAAAAAAUGUGCUCCUAUUAUUUUGCUAAGGAACAUAGAUAAGGCAAAUGGAUUGUGUAAUGAAAUUCGACUCAUUGUUCAAGAUCUUGGAGAUAAUAUUAUUGGUGCUGAAAUUGUGUCUGGAAGUAACAUUGGUGACAAAGCUUUUAUUCCUCGGAUGAAUUUAGUACUGAGUGAUUCUGGUUUAACAUUGCUGACAAUGGAUUUGGAUUAG